CCCCCCUGCUGCUGCUAGGCUUGCGAUUGCCGCUCGCUCCAGCUGAGCUAAGAGUAGCAGCAGCACCAGGGCAGGGACUGACUCCAGCCCUUGGACUUAGGACAUCGCAACACCUUCCCUUGCGUGCGUGACUCAUUCGCACAUCCUUUCUGUUUAUGCCUGGGGUGGGGAGAAAAAUCCCAAACCAGUCUGGGUCCCCUGCAAUAUUGUAUAUUGAGAUAACCUGCACUCUGAACAAGCUGUGUAAAUGAGUAUGGAAGAUUAUGAUUUCCUGUUUAAAAUUGUUUUAAUCGGCAAUGCUGGUGUGGGGAAGACGUGCCUAGUCCGACGGUUCACUCAGGGUCUUUUCCCCCCAGGACAAGGAGCCACAAUUGGAGUUGAUUUUAUGAUUAAGACAGUGGAGAUUAAUGGUGAAAAAGUAAAGCUUCAGAUCUGGGACACAGCAGGUCAAGAGAGAUUUCGGUCCAUCACCCAGAGUUAUUACCGAAGCGCCAAUGCCUUGAUCCUCACCUAUGACAUAACCUGUGAGGAAUCCUUCCGUUGCCUUCCUGAGUGGCUGCGGGAGAUAGAACAAUAUGCUAGCAACAAGGUCAUCACUGUGCUAGUGGGCAACAAGAUUGAUCUGGCAGAAAGGAGAGAGGUCUCCCAGCAGAGAGCUGAAGAAUUCUCAGAAGCUCAGGACAUGUAUUAUCUGGAGACCUCAGCCAAGGAAUCCGAUAACGUGGAGAAACUCUUCCUUGACUUGGCAUGCCGCCUCAUCAGUGAAGCCAGGCAGAACACGCUUGUGAACAAUUGCAACUAUAAUCCUCUUGAGACUUAACUUGAAAAUGAAAAGCAGUGAAAAAAACAUGUGUUAUCUCAUCCUUCUGACAAAAUGUACUCCAUGUAAGCAGUGUGUGGUUGAACACUAAUUUGGGGAUAAGAGAGGGAUGUGUUUGGUUUUUUUUUCUUCUUCUUUUUGGAUUUCAUAUCUGUGACAUGAGCCUAUUUGGAGGGAAAACUGGCUUCCCUUACAUUCUCACACUGGGGAGACAGCAUACUGAAUUAAGAAAUUAUCAUCCCUUCCAACAGCUCAUUAAUAAUGUUAGAGCAAGGGAGAUGAUUCUUCAUCUCCUUUCCUAAACCCAUGGGAACACUGCAAUCAUUUUGGGGAGCCAUAGUUUAAAAACAAAUUGAGGCAUAACAAAGAUGGUGAAGGAGUUUAAAAUUUAAGACAUUUGAAGAAUAUUUGAAGGAUUUAGGGAAAUUUAGCUUGGGAAAGAGAGGAACAGUUAGUACAUUAGAGCAAGACUCUGUUGUUCAAAGGCGUGUAAUGAGGCCCACUGAAUAGAGGUCAUAGGGCCACAGAUGUGAACUUCACGUCAGGGAGAACUUUCUCAAAAAGUUGGUUCACCAUGGAAGGGGCUGCCUCUGUCAAGCAAAGCCUAGAUAAGAACCUGGCAAAGAUUAUGUGGAGAUGAUCCCAGCGUUUGUUGGGGUGGCUCAGAUGACCUGUUAAAAUUCUAUGUUGUAGUACUUUGCUUCUCAUAACACGUUCAGUUAAAUAUCUGUUGACCCACAGCUAUUUUUCUUUUUUUUUUAAGGCUUUGCUCUUCUGCCCAAAGUGCAUCCCACUCUCCAGGAAGGAGGUUGGUUACAUGUCAUUAGGUCGAGGCUGGCUUGCUGUUAUGCCCUAGGCUGGGAUUGCUUUCCAAGUCCAUUCAUUGAUGUCCUGUUGAAAUCACAAACUGGUUCUUGAGUUAAAGAUUAAAAAGGUAUUGUUUUAGUAGAAGUUGAAAUCUACAUGAAAUCACGGAAAUUAUGUAUUUGUCACUUGCCAAACAUAGGCUAAGCUCAGUGUGAGUAGUUGGUAUUUCUUCAGGAUUUCAGGAUAGGCCUCUUUAGCAGAGCGGAAUCUUCAGUUAAAAUCCCAUAAAUUACCAACGUAAAGUUUUGCAGCUCCUGUUACAGAUGCGUUGGUGGUCACUGGCAAAAAGCAGGCCCCAAAAUCUAUUUUGGAAAAGUCUCAAAUGACAUUUGGUUAGUUGGUUUGAUUCUCUUGAAAAAGCAUGAUCUGAAAAUAAUUUUAAAAGAAUGGAGGCCAAAUUGCUUUAUGUAGAAAGUAACAAAAUAUAGGUCUUUGAUUUGAAAAUCAGAGAUAACUAUAAGCAACAUUUGCUAAUAAAGCCCAUUACCCAAGUGAUUCCACCUGCAAGGUAACUUGCAUCCUUGCAAGGCUGGUAGAUGGCUCUUCAUUGGUCUUUCUAAAAAAGUCAUUGGUCUUGCAUCAGUAUGGUGAGAAACACUUCAGUUUGGGUGAGAAUUUCUUUGACUCCUUUGGAUAAGAAGUCAGAGCACAAAAGCUACUCUCUUCUUUAACUGACUUUGUGACAUGCAAGAGUCAAAAUUUUACUUUCCCACUGAGUUAAAGCAGAAUUUUCAGAGGUAUUGUGUUCUAGUUCCCUUGGCGGGUUGUGACUUUGACACUUCAGUGAGUGAUGUAGGGAGGUAUUUAGAAGGGGGAACACUAGGCUAGGUGUGAGGAGUCCUAAUAUUCCCAUGAAUUAGCUAUAACAUUAUGCAAAGCACAAUCUCUUGCAGUUUCCUCCUCCUCCACAAGAUAGACUAAUAGUAAUAAUACCUGUCAGAAUUAUUGUAAAAGUUAGAUAAAUUGAAAAUGCUUGGUAAACAGUAAACACUCAAAUAUUAGUUUUCUCCUUGAUUAAGAGCAGACUUUGGAUGGUCUGAUACAACUAUGGAUCCUUAGAACAAAACAAGGAAUCCUCCUGACUUAAAAAAAAAAACUCCAUUUUUGAAAGGGCCUUAAAAGAAAAUCACUCAUUUGAUCCAUUCUGCUUUAGGGCAUAACUGUUACCCAAGAGACUCCACUUCUUUACCUACUUCAAGAAAGGUAUUCUCUCUCUCUACCCAGUGGACAAUUCCAGGGUCGUAAACUCAUUAUCAGGAAACUUAACCUUACUACCAAGAUACCUCACAGUGCAAUUUGAACCUCUCUCUUCUUGAUCCCAUUCUCCAUUAGAAGAAAAGUGGGUUGAUCCUGUUUUCUUUUUAAAGGGCCAUGUUUGCCAUUUAUUAUAGCCCUUCUGCCUCAAAUUUUUUUUAAUUGACAGAAAAAGCUCAUUAAGGUGAUAAUUAUUAUUCCCUUGGGGAAUGUCAGGAUAGGUAUUUAUAAAUUCUUAGCUUCUUAUUGAUAUCAGAUUUAGAUCACAAUCUUACUAUUGAUUAACUCUUCAGUUAUCCAUGUAUUUUCUUCUUUAGUUAACAUAUAAUUGAUAACCAAGUAUGCUUCUGAAGAAUUAUUCUGGUUAUGCGGCUCUUGUUUUCUCCUCUUGGUAAAAAUGGAGUCAUGAAUCCCAGUUUUGUCAACUGCUUUUAGGAUGUAAUUUCGUACAUGACAUUAUUUGAUGGACGUAAUUACCAACACCUAAAUUUAGCAGGGUUUCUUUCCCUUUCUACAUGUGCACUAAGUUCUGAAAUAAAAAUUGGAAUACCAAAUGCCUAAAAAAGCAAAAAUUCCUGCACAGAAUAACAAAAGAUACGAAUCUGGUCUGCUAGGAUAAUUUGUCACUAGUUGGUUGAAUGGUACAGAGCUUUUGUUUAAGGUUACACAGUUAUGCCUGGAUUAAAUAACAAUAGCAAAACUUGAUAAGCCCUCUGAAAAACAGCUGCUAAACAUACUGCUUUCUGGAAAGUAAUCAUUAAGAAUAUAUAUUCUCUUGUCCUAUACAGUUGCAGAAUGUUAGUAGAACUUUCUUGUAGGCUCCCUGACAAUGAAUGUCAAUUGAUUUAUUAAAAAAAAUUUUUUUGUGUGAACCCUUUUAUCCCUUUAAGGUAUGUUGGGGCUUUCAUGUUCCUGUUGUAGAAAAUUUCAAAUGAUUAGAAUGCUGGCUUCUGAUUUCUGCUCACUGAAGUGUCCUCUAGACAUACCAGAAGGUUGGGGCUUCUUUGUUGAUAUGUAAGGGAGCUACUUAAAUACACUUACAUAAAUGUAAGUGUGUGAGUAAAAUUGCUAUUUUCAGCAAAAAAAAAACAAAAACAAAACCUUUGCUUAAAAUUUCAGCUAAAAAAAUUUCAGAUAAUAAAGGGUUGAGUUUUUUUUAGAUCAUCUAAAGGGAAAAAGUGUGCCCAUAUAUAUUGUUGCAUACAUUUAAUGCAUGACUUUUAGUAUAGGGAUGAAAUAAAAUACAAAAUAUAUAAUUCUGGAGGUCUUCUCAGCAGCUAGUUAAAAUAUUUAGAGAAGCUGUUUUAUGAAGACUUAGAGAAUCCCUGAUUUCCCUUUUCCUAUCUCUUUCGAUCAAAAUGUAAACAUAGUUUUAACAAAUAUGUUCAUCAUGGAAUCAUAUGAACUCAACUCUUAAUUGGUUGUUGGUUUCAAGCAUAGGCUCUCAGUAAUAUCUGAAUACAUCUGAAUAUAAAAUCUAUUUCAACACAAACAAAAUACUUGAUUUUAAAUGUUAAUAUGCAGAUAUUAACAGGAUGCUGUAUCAUGUCUUAUGUGUUCAUGUAUUUUUUUAAUAAAAUGCCUGUUAGAAAUAUAAGCUUAUGAUGACCUGAGUGCAAUUAGCUGAAAACAUUGUAUAGAAAGGUGAUUGUGUGAAAACUUCACUCAACGUUAAAAAGGGGGAUGAGGGAGCAGGAAUCUGAGCAAAAUAUUUAAAAAUGAAGUUGCAUUUCUCUUUUUAAAAUUAAGAUAUAAUUCAUACACCAUUCAAUUCACCCCUUUAAAGUGUACAAUUCAGUGUUUCUUUUAGUAUUUUCACGAAGUUGUGCAACCAUCACCAUUAUCUAACUCCAGAACAUUUUCAUCAUCUCCCAAAGAAAUUCUGUACCCAUUGGCAGUCACUCUCCCUGCUUCCCCACCAUCAUCUAGCAACCACUAAUCUAUUUUCUCACUAUAGAUUUGCCUAUCCUGGACAUUUCAUAUAAAAAGAAUCGUAUAAUAUGUGCUCUUUUGUGUCUGGCUUCUUUCACUUAGCAUAAUGUUUUCAAGUUUCAUGUUAUACCAUGUUUCAUGUUAUAGCAUGAAUCAAUACAUUCUUUUUAUGGCUAAAUAAUAUUCCAUUGUAUGUAUAUAUGUACCAGAUGUUACCUGUCCAUUCAUCAGUUGAUGGACAUUUGGGUUAUUUUCACUUUUUAGCUAUUAUAAAUAAUGCUGCUAUAAAUAUCUGUAUACAAGUUUUCUGUGUGGGCAUAUGUUUUCACAUCUUUUAAUUAGUCUAGCAAAUCAAAGUCACUUGGGUUCAUUUAAGCAGGGCCUCUUAAAAUCCUACUUAGAGAAUGCAACUUAUAAUCUUAGAUCAACUGGUCAAUUAGGAGAUUCCUGAAUAAUGGCUAACACCCUAAUAUGGCUAUAAGAAUUUUUCUAUGAGCCUAUCAUUUAGAUAGUCAAUUUCAUGAAGACUGCUUCAGUCUUGUAGAAACUGAGUUGUUAUCACAUAGAGAAUUUCCAAGUCCUCCACAUUUUUUAAAGGGCGGCUACAAAUCAUGCUGGAGAGCAGCACUCAAUCUUCUAGGAUUCAAUGAAGGAGCACUUUUAAUGUACAAUUUCCUUUACAUAUAUUGACUGUCUUUUAAAGUUUGGGUUUUCCUUCUUGAAAAAACAUUGUCAAAUUGCCAAACCACUUGACCGUCCAUUGUAGCUUCGGUUUUUAUUAAGAAAUAAUUCAUACUGAGAGUAAAAGUAAAAAGAAUGUAUUUUGUGUGCAAAGGAUGAAUGUAUUAACAACUUUUUAUUUGUAACAGAAUUUUUUAAAAAGGUGAAUAGAAAUUGCUUUCCCAUGUACUUGUAAAUAAAUAAACAUCUCCUGUUGCCCACAUUUGGACAAUCAUAUGCCAUCAAACUAUGUAAAAAGCAUACAAGCUUUAAGUACACUAAUGUCCUUCAGCACGAAAUGUGCUCUGGAUUUGGGGAUCUGGAGGAUUGAGUUUGAAUGUCGAUUCUCUAACUGGCUAACCUUAGACAAAUUGUUUAACAUUUUGCACCAUGGAUUUCUUCCCUGUAAAAUAUGGGGCUACAUUGAGUAAGGCCUCCUCCAAUUAUAACACUAAAUAAGAUUCCUCUGCUAUAUUCAGGAUGUGAAAAUUAUAUGCUAAUUAUUUCUAAUGGUGAGAAAAAUGUUUUAUCCUAUCAUAUAUUGGAAGGAGUAUUAUUACACUGAGAAGCAUGAGUCAAAUUCUAGUCCCAGCUGAUACUGAGAAGCUGUGUGACUUCGCGGUAAUCAUUUAAUUUCAAGCCUUAAUUUUCCCAACUGUAAAAUAUGGGCACUAGAUUAGAUAUCUUUAAGAUACCUUCCAGCUAAAACACAUUAUAUGGUUCUAUUUUUUUAGAGAUAUCAUUUAAAAUAUUAUCCUUCAUAAUUAGGAAUGAGACUACUUAUGCAUUACUAAUAAGGCAUUCAUUCAUUCACCCGUUCAUUCAUUCACCAUUUAUUGAGCAUAUACUAUAGGGUAGGUGCAGGAAUCUGCUUUUAGAUGUCUCUCACCUCCACUGCAGGAGUCACCGGAUUUGCACCUUUUCUUGAAACUCAUCCCCACUUCACCUCUUGCCUCUCACUCUGCCUUGCAAUAUGCAUUUGAGAGACAAAUGUCCUGGAUUAAGACUGCUCCAGUGGGUCAUGGAGCAUGGUAGAGUUAACAGGAUAAAAUGGAAUCACACUAUGAUUUUGGGCUCCCUGGCAUGGUGCUCUUUAGUUAACUGAGCAUAGGCAAUCUGUAACCUUAUUUGACAUUAACAUUUUUUUUUUUUUUUUUUUUGGCGGUACGUGGGCCUCUCACUGCUGUGGCCUCUCCCGUUGCGGAGCACAGGCUCCGGACGCGCAGGCUCAGCGGCCAUGGCUCACGGGCCCAGCCGCUCCGCGGCAUGUGGGAUCUUCCCGGACUGGGGCACGAACCCGUGUCCCCUGCAUUGGCAGGCGGACUCUC